AUGGAGGCAUUGCUUUUGGAUGUUCCUUUUGUGUGCAAGUCAUGGUACAAGGCGACCCUCAAUCCUUCAUGUUGGCAACCGCUCAUUUUCCCAGACAACAAAUGUAUUGAAGUCUGGCCUUGGGAUGUGUCUGAAUGCCUGGAUUUUCAAAAUCUUAUGGAUAGAUUUGCGAGUGAGUAUCAUAUUGAUGGGGAUCGUUGCUCUGUCACCGCUUUUUUAAAGUUUGUGAUCAAUCGGAGCAUUGUAAACUCUACUGUGCUCAAGCUUCCCAAAUGCUACACAGUAGAAGCCUUUGAAUUUGUUACAAAUGUGUGUCCUGGCCUUGUGACUUCGAGUUUACCAGGAGAUUUAUUGGACAGCAAACACAUGAUCCUAGAGCUGAUUGGCAAGUGGAAAAAUUUGGAGGGUGCAAAAGUUAAUCGGGAUGUUGGACGCCAGAGACUGUUCUGGUUUUGA